AUGGGUUGGAGGAAAUUCGCGCCCUGCGCGCUCGAUCCACGGGCCCUUGACACAUAUGACUACAUUGUCGUCGGUUCAGGGCCUGGCGGAGGACCUUUGGGUUCCCGUCUCGCCCUUGCAGGAUACAAAGUAUUACUCAUCGAGGCUGGCGACGACCAAGGUGCAAACCUUCGCUAUCAGAUUCCCGCGCUGCAUGCGCAAUCGUCCGAGGAAGCUGGCAUCAGCUGGGAUUACUACGUCAAUCACUACUCGGACCUGGAACGUCAGAAGAAAGAUUCCAAAAUGACAUGGCGAACGCCUUCGGGGGAGCUUUUUGUAGGACCAAAUGGAGCCAGCGGAACUGGCGCGCCACCUUCCGGGAGCGAGCCUGUUGGUAUAUUAUACCCAAGAGCGGGAACACUUGGCGGCUGCAGUGCUCAUAAUGCGUUGAUCACCGUGUAUCCGCAUAAGAGUGAUUGGGAUGGGAUCGCUUCUCUCACUGGUGAUUUCUCUUGGGCUGCAGAGAAAAUGCGGAAGUACUUUGUCAAGCUAGAGCGCAGCAGAUAUGUUCCGAGCGGGAUCGUUGGCCAUGGUUUCGAUGGGUGGUUGACGACCAUGGUCACGGACCUCACGCUCGUUGUGCAGGACUUCAAGCUGCUGUCUCUUGUGGUCGCUGCUGGAACUGCUAUGGGCAAGAGUAUCCUUCUGGGUCUCAUCACUACAGUGACAGGUCUCGGACAGGUCCUCCUAAGCGAUCUCAAUGUUGACAGCCCCUCACGAGAUGCGACUGAGGGUAUCUACCAAAUCCCCUUGGCAAUGGACGACCGUCAUCGUGUUGGUUCUCGCGAGUUCAUCCUCGAGACGGCAACUGCAAAAAACCCGGACGGAAGUAGGAAAUAUCACCUAGACCUUCUCCUAAACACUCUUGCGACCAAAGUUCGCUUCGACAACACAACCACGCCCCCGAAAGCCACUGGCAUCGACUUCCUGUCGGGCCAAAGUUUGUACCAAGCUGACAAGCGCUAUUCCCGCUCUACAACCGGCACAAAAGGCACGGUUUAUGCCUCACGCGAGGUCAUCCUUGCCGCCGGCUCCUUCAACACGCCUCAGCUACUCAAACUCUCCGGCAUCGGCCCCGCCACCGAACUCCAGCAGCACGACGUCCCCGUCCUCGUCGAUUCCCCCGGCGUAGGCACCAACCUACAAGACCGCUACGAAGCAGUCAUAGGCGGCAAAACAGACUCCGAUUUCGCGCUCACCACGAACUGCAAGUUCCUUCACGGCUCGCCGGACCCCUGCUACGACCAGUGGAAGAACAACGCCCUCUUCAAAGGCGUCUACGGAUCUAAUGGCCUGGCCAUCGGCAUCGUGAAGAAAUCCUCUGUCGCGGAGAAGGACCCGGAUCUGUUCAUCGCUGGCGCUCCGGCAUACUUUACGGGAUACUUCCCCGGGUACUCGAACUUCUCGCUCGCGGAUAAAAGGCAUUGGGUGUGGGUCACGCUGAAGGCGCACACACGCAACACGGCGGGGACCGUGACGCUGAGAUCCGCCGAUCCGCGCGAUACGCCGCUUAUCAACUUCAAUAACUUUGACGCUGGCACGACGGCUGACGGCGCGGAUGAAAGGGAUCUACAAGCGGUGUAUGAAGGCCUGCAGUUCAGUCGCAAGAUCUUCAAGUCGCUCAUUCCCAUAGAUGGCAACUUCGAGGAGGUAUGGCCCGGUCCGAAAAUGAGCAGCGAGGCCGCGGUGAAGGAAUUCGUGAAGAAUGAAGCGUGGGGCCAUCAUGCGUGCUGCACUGCAAAGAUUGGCGCGGACGGUGACAAAACCGCGGUGCUAGAUUCGAAGUUUAGGGUCCGGGGAGUGCAAGGGCUGCGUGUGGUGGACGCCAGCGUGUUUCCGAAGAUUCCUGGAUUUUACAUCGCGGUGCCUGUGUAUAUGGUUUCUGAGAAGGCUGCGGAGGUCAUAUUGGCAGACGCAAAGUAG